UCUCACUUGCCAUAUUUCCCUAACUCCAAUCCUCUCUCUUUCUGAUUCAUUGAAGCUCGCGCCACACACUCUAAAUCUACUGUUUCUUCACUCAAAACUAAAUGCCCAGAUUAUUUUUCUUCACUCUCAGAACGCCCUAACCGGAGAUUUCAUUUUCGUUUCGUUUUUGCUUUACCUUUUUAUGCUCAUCAUGAAAAGGGAGCAAAGCCAGCUCGACUCUCCUGCUAAUUCGGCGCCAGACCUCGGGAAAGCCAAGAUGUGGGAGGACGAAGCCGUGGCUGCGGCGGAUGGAGGGAUGGAUGAGCUCUUGGCGGUUUUGGGUUACAACGUUAAGUCUUCAGACAUGGCGGAAGUUGCUCAGAAACUUGAACAGCUUGAAGAAGCUAUGUGCAGUGAUCAUGGUGAUGGGUUUUCUCUUCUGGCUUCGGAUUCGGUUCAUUAUGACCCGUCCAAUUUGUCAACGUGGCUCCAAGGGAUGCUCUCCGGGUUCAACCCGGAUCCGAAUCCAUCCACGAUUACUUCAAUCGAUUUCGAGAAUCAGAAACGGAUAUUUGAAGAAGGUUGUACUUCUGAUUACGAUCUCAAAGCGAUUCCCGGCAAGGCCAUGUAUAGUGACAAUACUUCGCCGGUUGCUUCCUCCAUUUCCACAACCAGAGACAACAAACGCUUGAAGACUGAGUUGCACUCGGCCGAGUCAACUCGUCCGGUCAUCCUGGCCGACUCACAGGAGAACGGGAUUCGACUCGUCCACGCUCUAAUGGCCUGCGCGGAAGCCAUUCAGCAAAACAACCUCGCCAUCGCUGAAGCCUUCGUGAAGAAUAUUCGGUAUUUGGCGUUAUCUCAAGCAGGCGCCAUGGGGAAAGUCGCAACGUGCUUCGCUGACGCCGUUGCGGGUCGGAUCUACGGGCAUUACCCCCAAAACCCGAUCGAUCAUAACUUCGCGGAGCUUUUGGAAAUGCAUUUUUAUGAAACGUGCCCGUAUUUGAAAUUCGCUCAUUUCACUGCAAAUCAAGCCAUUCUAGAAGCCUUUGAAGGUAAAAAACGAGUUCAUGUUAUCGAUUUCUCUAUGAAUCAAGGCAUGCAGUGGCCGGCCUUAAUGCAGGCUUUGGCUUUGCGGCCCGGCGGGGCACCCAAGUUUCGACUCACAGGGAUUGGGCCGCCUGCCCAGGAUAACUCGGACCAUUUACAAGAAGUGGGUUGGAAGUUGGCUCAACUGGCGGAAACAAUUCAUGUUCGGUUCGAAUACAGAGGCUUUGUUGCUAAAAGUUUGGCCGAUCUUGAUGCUUCCACGUUGGACCUCAGACCGAGCGAGGUUGACUCAGUUGCGGUUAACUCAGUCUUCGAGUUACACAAGCUCUUGGCCAGACCCGGUGCUAUUGAUAAAGUACUUUCUGUGGUGAAAAAUGUGCAGCCGGAUAUUUUCACCGUUGUUGAGCAAGAAGCGAAUCAUAACGGUCCGGUUUUCCUGGACCGUUUUACAGAGGCGUUGCAUUACUAUUCCACCAUGUUUGACUCGCUGGAGGGCUCAGUGAGUUACCCGGAGAAAGCCAUGUCCGAGUUGUACUUGCAGAAGCAGAUCUACAAUGUGGUGGGCUACGAAGGUGUUGACCGAGUCGAGCGGCACGAGACGCUGGCUCAGUGGCGAACCCGGUUUGAGUCGUCAGGGUUUCUCCCGGUUCACCUGGGCUCAAAUGCGUUCAAGCAAGCCAGUAUGUUGCUGGCGUUGUUCGCCGGCGGAGAGGGGUACAGAGUGGAUGAGAAUAACGGUUGCUUGAUGUUGGGUUGGUACACGAGGCCCCUCAUUGCCACCUCGGCUUGGAAACUCGCCAGUAAACAGGUUCGGUUCCAGUGAGUGAACUCAACUACCUGAGCCGACUCGCUUGUAGCAUAUGAAAAUUUGAAUCUUUGCCUUGAAUGUGCAGUUCUGAGGUGGUUCCUUUUCCAGAAUGAGACCCACCAUGUCUCAUUCAAAUGUUUUAUUUUUAAUUUUAUUUUCGGGGAUUUUUUUUUCUUAAGUUUUAGGUCUCUCUCUUUUUUUUUUUAAUGUUUGUAUUAUAUAUUAAUAUUAUGGGAAAAUUAUGAAUAUAUAAAUUUGUGUUAAUAAGAAAUAGAUUUUUCUUUUCAAUUGAUCCCAGAUGUAAAGCUUCAGUUAGAAGUUGUAUUGGAUUUGUUCGGAUCAUUUAGCUUGAGUUUAAAUUGGUUUGAAUAUUUAAGUUA